AUGAACAUUGCUCCUCUACUGGAACAGAUACAAACCAAAGACCCUCAAGAGAGAAUUCAAGGAUUAAAUUCGCUAACACAAUCCAUGCUUGAUAUUGCAUUGGAUGAUAUACCUGCAGUUAUGGAUACAAUUCGGCCCUCUCUCAAAGAUAACAAUUACAAAGUAUGUGAGGCAGCCCUUACAUUUCUUUGUACAUUUUUGGAACAUAUCGACGCAAAAAUAUUUCAACCUUUCUUUUCAGACUUUUUGAAUUUACUUGUAGAAAGGUUUGGAGAUGCAAAGAAUUCAGUAAGGGAUAAAGCAUUUGAGGCGGUUAUUAUGAUUACUAAACACUAUUCAUCAAAAGAAAUUUUGGAUGCUAUUCGAGAGGGAUUUAUUCACAAAAGUUGGAAAGUGAGAGAAGGAAUAUGUUUAAUAUUUAUACAAAUAUUACAAACAUUUGGACCAAAAAAUAUUAUGUUUUUGAAAUACCUUCCAGAUAUUGUCUCACUUUUGGACGAUUCUACGCAAAGUGUGAGGGAUGCAGCAGUUAUGGCAAUUUGUGAAAUUUAUAGAUAUGUCGGUGUAGAUUUAUUACAAGAAUUGGGAAAUUAUAAAUUAAGAACUCCUCAACUUAAGGCAAUCGAAGAUAGAGCUAGUGAAAUAAUGGUAGAUUCCGAAAAUUUGGUUCCAUUAAAACCAAAAACUUUAAAAAGCCCUACUAAAAACAAAUCAACAAGACAUACGAUUCACACUAUUGGAGCCACCUCUGGAAGACCAAGUUCUGUUGCAACUAAUGAAGGGGACGGAGAAGAGAACGAUGUUCAGCCUGUAUAUAUCAAAGAGAGCGAUCUUCCAAGAGAAAUGGAAGUGAGUAUAGAAAUAUUGGAGGAUAUGAAAAACGUUGAUUGGAAGAAGAGACUGAAUUGCAUACGGCGUCUAAGAGGACUAGUUCAUGGAGGAGCUACAGAUUUUCCUGGAUUUAUUACAGAAUUUUCUCGCAUUCGAGAGUCUCUUUCUAAAAAUCUUUUAGACUUACGAUCAACGAUUGUUAAAGAAAGUUGUAUGCUUCUUAAUCUACUUGCGAAAACAAUGGGAUCAAGAUUCGAACCUCUCUCGGAUUAUUUUGUUCCAAUAAUUCUCAAGAGUACUGUGGUGACGGUACAGGUUAUUUCAGACUCUAUCAAUAUGUGUAUUCGAACCUUGAUCACGCAUGCCAAGCUUAAUAGAAGUAUCAUGUUCAUAGUUGAAAAGCUUGUAGAUCCAAAAUCUCAUGCCACAAUGAGAGCCAGAUGCGCCGAAUACAUGGUGCUGAUAUUACAGCAUGUCGACUCGACAAUUUUAACAAAGACUAUUGAUGAUAUUUCGAAAGCCGUUAAAGCUGCCAUUAACGAUGCAAGCGCAAGUGCCAGACAAGCAGGUAGACAAGCAUACUUUGCUUUGAAAGAUGCUUUUCCUGACAAAGCGUACAAAUUAUAUAUUGAGCUUGACCCAAACAUGCAAAAAAAGCUCAAUUCAUCAGACGAUACACGGUCAGGACAAAUUUCACCAAGAUCCACAACAUCCAGUGUUGUAAGUGGCACCUCUGUGUCAUCUUAUGUCUCAUCAGCGUCUACUUUGAGAAGAACAAAAUCUGUGAUUACCCGAAAAAUCACCAAAACAGAUCCUGUUGUAGUACAAGAGCCUAAGAAUCAUAUCAAACCGAACAUUCCGACACUGCCUUUAUCUGGAACGUAUCCACCCUCUCCAAAGAAAACAUCAUCACUUCAAAUUAAGGCCAUGACACGAAACUCUACAUCCCCAUUAUCUCCCUCAUCACCAAGAGGAAACUCCUCCUCUCAAAAAAGCCCAUCUUCCUCUGUGCGAUUAUCGAAAUCAUUUGAAGCGGGAGCUUUGGACAAAUCAACAAAUGACCCAAUGGACACAUCUUUAGAUUCACCUACGAUGGAAUCUGUCACUUCCAUUUUGAGAGAAUCUAAAAACUUGGAUUGGAAGUCUAAAGUUCAAGUACUCGAAAAAUUGGAAACAAUUAUUGACUCUGACAGAAUUUCUGAAGUGAAGAGCACAUUCCUUCAAGUAAUUAAUUUAUACAUUGAUAGACUGUCAGACACACACCUAAAAGUUGUUGAGAAGGCUUUAACAUCAUUCGUGCUGCUCAUUGACAAGUUGCCAGAUUGCGUAGAACCUUACUUGGAACGUAUCUUGUCGAAAUUAUUCUUGCUUUUGACAGAGGAAAAGACCAAGUUAUUAUCUGAGCAGCUGUUAACAAAGAUUGCCAGUUCUUACUCUGGAGAUAUUUUACUUCCAAGAAUAUUCAAGAUUGUGGAUACCUAUCAUUCAAGAGUCAGAGUCGCUUGCUUAGAGUUUCUAAUGCACAUCGUGCAAGGCAGUUCUGCGUACCUGAGCUAUCCUGGCCACAUGAGAUCGAGUAUCAAGAAAAUUAUUGCCCUUAUACAGGUGAAUACAUCGAAACCUUGUGAAGCAGCUCUAACCAGUAUUAUGAUUUCACUUUAUUCCAUUCAUCCUCAUAUAUUUUUGGAACAAAUGCUUUCAUUACCUUCUUUAGAGCAAAAUCCAAUCAAAAAUUUAUUACGUGAAAGGAUUCCAGAUUUUGAGCACACACUAACCAUUGUAUCGAAGAAAUCCACUCAACCAAGUUCUAACGUGUCAUCACCCCUAUCAACAAAAUCUCCAAACACCGUUAACAUUAAGGUUGUUGAAAAUGCAAUACCUUCCAGAAUUGAAAAGUACAAAAUAUCAACCGCUCAAGAGUUAAAGAAUGAACGAGAAUCUUUAGAUGAGCUUUCUGCAUGCCUAACUGCCAUUGCCAAAUAUAAAAUUGACAAUGAUCCUCAUCAAGUAUAUCGAUGCCUGUUUGACAUUACAGAAAUUGCUAGACAAAAACCUCCGUCAGAAUCGAUGUGGCAAAUAUCUUUUGCCAAGCUCAUUUUCUACUUGUUUGAUUUAUUUUUCGAUGAGGAUGAAAUAGUGAGAGAGAAGGCACUGUUAAGCGUGGCAGCACUACUGAGAUAUCAGAACGAACAUUGCACCAAAUUUGCAGACAUCACCUUUAGAAAAAUUAUGGAAAAAUUCAAUGAUAAAGUUCCAGCAGUUCAGAGGACCGCAGAAAGAGUUGCCGAACAAUUCAUAGAAUCUAUGGAUCCUCAAAAAACACUCGAGCUCAUUAAGCCACAAAUUAUCAACAAUAGCGAAAAGGAACAACAACUCUUGGGAGGUUUGCGAAUAAUGACCAAAUUGAUCAAACAAAUAUCUCCACAAAUAUUACUGACUCAUGUACCGAGUAUACUGCCUGGCGUGUAUGAAGCAUUCAAACAUUCCAAUGUGGAUAUCAGAAAAUCGGUCGUGUAUUUAAUGGUAGACUUGCAUUUUGCUCUUGGAGAAAGUUUUGAUCCUUACCUUAAACGAUUGUCUGUGGAACAACAAAAACUGAUUCAAAUCUACAUUAAAAAGUCAGAAGUAAAGUGA